AUGUUCUGCGGGGAGUGCGGCCACCGCUGGGAACCCGACGAGAUCGCGAGCGCGCGCUUCUGCGCCGAGUGCGGCGCCCCUCGUGAAGACGUUCCCCCUCCGGCUGCGGUACCGGCGGCUGUGCCAACGUCCACCUCCUCUGGCUCGAACUUCAGCUCCUACGUCGCGCCAGCGUCGACUGCGGCUACUUCCAGCUCCUACUCCACGCCCACGGCUUCCACUCCGAGUUAUACUGCGCCGUCAAACUCCGCAACGACCAGCACCAAGUGUGCGCAAUGUGGAGAGCCAUUCGGAGAUUCGACCGCGGUCUUUUGCGGAGAGUGCGGUGCCCAUCACCCCUCCGCGGCUCCAGCAGCUUCACCAGUCCCAGCUGCUGUAACUAGUGGCGAUGGGGGAGACCUUUUCGGUGUGGCUUCCACGUCGUACGCUGCUCCUGCGUCAAAUCCGCAAUCGACGACUUCAACCUUUGCGACAUCGGCCAGUGUCCCGUACAACCCGCCGUACACUGCCCCUGCGGCCCCGGUAAACGAUUCGUACGCACCUCGUGCAGCCGCAGCACCAGUGAACGACCCGUACGCGCCACCUGCAGCUUCUCCUACGUACGAUCCUUACGCUCCACCACUGACGCCGGCAGCUCCCGCUGAGCCUCCAGCUUCCGUGAAUCUAGAGGCUGCGGCUCCGUCUGGUACCAGCAUCAGCACGUUGCUCGCGAAUUUGUCGGUUAGCGCCAAACCCGAAGGUGAAAGAGAUGAACCAGAUGGAAAAGGUGUCGGCGUGCAUAUCCGACAGGUUGUUCGCGUGCGUAACAUGGACUCAUUGAGUACGAGAAUGGAGAUCUCGAACGCUGUGGAGCGUAACCGCACUAAUCCUCAGGAGCGGAGUGAAGGUUACAACGUAACCAAGGUGAACGACACUAUCACAGUAGUGCAGAAUGAACGCGCUGAUCCAGCUGAGGAGCGCUACUACAACCAACGCACAAUGCCCGACAACGGUGAGUGGCUGCAGAUCCUGCGUAAGAACCGGCAGGCCGGAACCAAAUUCACGGACCCGCAAUUUCCCCCUGACACGUCUUCGAUCUUCCGUGAUGCAACUAACCCAAAGUAUCCGCAUCUUCAAGAAUACAUCUGGAAGUGGAAGCGCGUGACGGACUUUUUCAACGAGACGGCGUACGUGGAGAUUACUAUGCUGGAUGACGACAAGAAACUCGUGUGCAGUAUGUCUAUCAAGAAUCCUGCAGAGGCUGAGAGUGUUCUUGAGGUGAUCCGUCAGAAUCCGACGUCCGUCGACCCGCAGUUCUUGAAGAUUGCCAAGGAUGCGGUGACGACGGGCGUCACGAAGCGCAAACGUGACCAUCUACUGCUUCUUACGAAGAACAUGAUAGUUCACAUGAGCGAAUUUGUACAGGACGGACUGCAGCGCUUUGAGCUUAUGUGGGAGAAGUGCUUCCUAGAUCACUACAAGCCACUGGCCUUUGCCAGCGUUGGAGAAGGAUCCGGCUAUCGUGUUGAUGGAUCGGAGGCUGGAGUUAUCUCGCGUGUCUCGGUUCUAGUGCCCGUGUACUUCCAUGCACAGGGUACGUGUCUCUUUGAUCGGUCGCGUGAGUCCAAGGCUGCUAGUCGUAUCUCUGGUGUGGGCAUUAGUCCUGGCGAAAUGCGCGUUGGGAGACUGGCGGAUGCGUACGUGUAUGGUGCACUGUCAAUUUUAUCAACUUCGCAGCUAGCAUUAUCCCAGGUAUUCCCUGAGCUAAGUGACGACUUGGUGCGCCCAGAUCUGGUCGAGGUUGGCACGGUAUUUCCCAAGGAGCAGCAGUACACCGAUGAAGGCGUGUAUGCUGUGCGAUUCUGGCGCAAUAACCGCAGUCGCGUAGUUGUUGUUGACGAUUACAUCCCGUGCAGUCAGUACGGCAAGCCGGUGUUCGGUUCCUUCACGGGCAGCAAUGACAAGUUUGAGAUCUGGUCGCUGCUGGUUGAGAAGGCGUACGCGAAGCUUCACGGUGGUUACGAAGCCAUCGUCGGUGGACAGGAAGGUUACGCUUUGCAGGACCUCUACGGUGGUGUUCCUGCUCGCUACAAGUUGCAGGAGAAGUUUCCAAACGAGGAUGUUGCAUGGCAGGCCAUCAGUAGCGCCCUACAGGCGGGAUCUCUUGUGGGCUGCAGCAACGAAGAUAUGGCUGCUGAAUUGCCCACGGGGCUCCGCAAGACUGAUGCCUAUGGUAUUUUGAAACUGGUGGAGCUCGAUUACCAGGGUGAACACACACGCUUGGUUCAGUUGCGUAACAGCUGGGGCAUUGGAACGCACCAACAACCAGAGAAGUGGAAGGGUUCGUGGUCUAACGAAGAUCCAAAGUGGCACAGCUUCUCCCGCAUGCAGAAGGUGGAGUGUGGCUUCCAGUUCCGCGAAGAUCACACGUAUUGGAUGGACUUUAGUGCUUUUUACUGCUUCUUUACUAGUGUCAUGGAGUCACGAAACCUGUACAACUUCCGAUCCCUUCCGGACGGAAUUGGUAACCCAGUGUCUCCGAGUCUGAGCAUCCACAUUGUGUCAGGCGAGUGGAAUGGCAUCACGAGUGGUGGACGUGAUGCCAUGCACUUGAAUCCACAGGUUCAGCUCUUCUCUCCAGCCACAAAUGGCUGCAAUCUCAUUGUUCACCUGGAGCAGCCAUCCCGUCGCAUGAAGAUGGAGACCGAGUACACGUCGUACAUUGCUCCUGUUGUCGUGAAGAAUGGCGAACGCCAGCAGCGCAAGAUUGACCUCUCCCAGGACGUGGUGGCUACAGGUACCUUCAUUUCCAACCGUAGUUGCGUUCUGGACCUCCCCUUGAUGCCGGCAGAGGGCGGCAAGCCGUUUGUGAUCAUUCCGGCGACCUACGACGGACACCUGCCGUACCAGCUUGGCUUUUCAAUGACGUUUUUUACGUCCAAGCCGACGGCAGUGGUGCCUGUCUCGGACACGGGCUCGUUGCCUGUAUGCUGCAUUUGUCAAAAGGCACUAUCGGGCACAUUCCGCACCUUCACGCACGAGCAAGACGGGCAGAGAAAGGUGGACCGCGUGUGCCAGGGUGCUUGUGUGGACGCCUACCGUGAGCGUAAUACUCCUGUCUGUGUAGACUGCCACCAACGAAUCGAAGUGGUGGAAGGCCGUUUCUCUGGCCGCAUGUUCACUCUUCCCGACGGCUCCAGUGUGCACGCGGAGUGUAUUGACGCGUACCAGAUCCGUACGUCCGAGAAAUGCAUUCACUGCGGCCACGCGAUUGCUGCAAUUCCUGGUCGUUUUGACGGCAAGUACUAUCAGGUUAAUGGCGGUAAGUGCCACGGUGAGUGCAUGGAGGAGUACCAGAUGGCCACGGCUCAGCGCUGCGUGCACUGUACUGAGCCUGUGAUCAAGAUCGCAGGUAAGUUCGAUGGUCGCUUCUACAAAAUCGAGGGGGAACGCCUCGUCCACUUUGAGUGCUGGGAGCAGUACCAGCAAUCUGUGGCACCCAAGUGCGUACACUGUGCACAGCCGAUUUUACAGAUCCCGGGGCGAUUCGAUGGUCGAUUCUACGAAUUGGCCAGUGGAAUCGGCAAAGUUCACUUCGAGUGUUGGAAUGCCUACCAGACGCUUGCAAACGCCCCGAAAUAA